AGCUCAUUUGGCUGCCACUCCACUUCCGCCAAGACGGCCGGCCCCGCCUCCCUUUCCGCUUCUCCAGAGGCGGGGCAAUGGACAGUACCGCCCCACAUCGCAAUCUCUUCCAACAAACAGACGAGGUACCGCAGAUGGCUGCGUCCCCUUCCCCUCCUCCUGCGGCAGCUCGGCCUUCGCUGCCUGAGUCAUUCGCAUCUCGCUUCGCCUUUGUUGAUGUGCCCGGGGUAACCGCACCUCGCCCUCGCGCCACUCGCAGCCAGACCUUGGACUUUCCUCGCCAUCUCAAGGCCACUCGUUCGACGAGGUCACAGACUGCCUCCGAUAAGCCUGUCAGGACACAGGCAUCUCAUCGUGAGCCUCUAGCAGAGACACAGCAGGGUUCUGCUCCUCCUUCCCCAUCUUCAACACCACAGCCAAAGCGCAAGAAGCCACGCCGCGCCUACGAUGACCCUUCCCCUGCACUCACGUCGUACCCUCCCUCUGCAUACCCUCCUGUGAUUGAUCAUCUGAAACCUUCUGACCCUAACAGACGGCUGGAUCUACUCGUUUGUGGCCUCAACCCAGGCCUCAGAUCAUCUCAGUCCGGCACACACUUCGCCCAUCCUUCCAAUCACUUCUACAAGACGCUCGUCAAUUCCGCUCUCACACCCAUCAGAGUCUCACCGGCAGAUUGUGCCAAGCUCGUCGAUCAGGAAAGACCGCUGCCUUCUAUCGGAUUGACGAACAUAUGCAUUCGGCCGACUGCGGAAGGAGGUGAGCUGGGAAGGAGAGACUACCAGAUUGGAACGCCUGUCCUGGCUAGGAAGAUUCGCAGCGUGGCCAAGCCAAGAGCGGUGGUGUUCACGGGAAAGGGUAUCGGCGUGGAAUGGGAGAGGUGCUGCCGGGAGCUCGGUGCUUUGAGAGCCAAGAGAAGGUCCGCACAACGGGAAGAGGUCAAGAGCGAGGAGGAGAAGGCACCGGAGGACCUGCGGGAAGGAGCCAUCUACCUGCCAUUCCCAACCGGUGUUCCCUGGGCUAUAGACGAGCCUCUGGGCUUAGGUCUUUUGCCAUUUGUCAUCCGUUCCGAGCUGCCAGAGAAUCCCUCGGCUGCAAAUUUCGAAGUGCAAGGCUCUCGCUCACUGGUACACAUCAAGGACGAAGAGGAAAAGGCGCCGUUUUCAGUCACUAUGCCCAAAGAAGAAGAGGACGAUUCUGUUCCUACCACUUCUGAGCACGCCCGAUAUUCCUUCUUUUUCCUCACGACUUCACCCUCUGGGAGGGUGACUACCAUGGGUAUCGCAGAGAAGAGCGAGUGGAUGAGGAGAUGUAAAGAUUGCGUGGACUUCCUUGCCUCUGGAGCAGCGGUAUCGGAAGAACACAAACAAGGGGCAAAAGUCGAAGAUGCUGCUGAUGGAUCAGCUGUCCAGUCACUUGUCAGCAGGAGGUUCGAGGUCAUUGAUUGUACUAAGUUCGAGGAAGGGUAAAAGACCUGCAGAGGAGCGAAGUCUCGGUCCGGGAUCGGCACAUUUAAUCAGUCAGCUCAUGCCAAAAUGACAUCUUUCCAUACACCAACGUGCAAUUUGAGUAAUACUGUCGUUUUGGGACGGCUAU